AUGUCCGCGACAAAGGAGUUCACCAUGCAAGAUGUUGCUGAGCACAACACCUCCAAAGACAUCUACAUGGUUGUCCACGAGAAGGUCUACGACUGCACCAAGUUCCUCGACGAGCACCCCGGUGGUGAGGAGGUUAUGCUCGAUGUUGCCGGCCAGGACGCCACCGAGGCUUUCGAGGAUGUCGGCCACAGUGACGAGGCCCGAGAGGUCCUCGAUGGUCUCCUCGUUGGUGAGCUCAAGCGUCUGCCUGGUGAGGAGGGCCCCAAGCGCCAGAUCGCCAACUCGAACCAGGGCAGCGGCCAGGAUCCUACCGGCUCCAGCUUGACCUCUUACGCUCUUGUUGUCGCUGUCGGCUUCGCCGCCUACAUGGGCUACAACUACCUCCAAAAGCAGAACGAGGCCCAGGGCUCUGCAUAA